GUUGAGGAGGCGGCGAGAAAACCAAGAGGGGUCUUAUCACUCCUCUCCAACUCGAUUCAAUCCGAUCUGGACAAGGCUCGAGACAAAGGCUCACUGUCCCGGGAGGAGGCCAAGCAGGUGAUGAUGAAAAUGGCCUUGCUGAGGAAUUUGGAAAGCAAAGUUCCUUCUCUCAGCCCCACUGGGGCAGCGGACAACGUGGGGUGCACAGCAGUUUGCAUUCUUCUCACAGAUGAUGAGAUUGUGUGUGCCAACGCCGGUGACUCUCGCGCGAUUUUAUGCCGAAAUGGAAAGCCUGUUGCACUCUCAGAAGACCACAAGCCCAACAGCUCAGUCGAACGGCGAAGAAUAGAAGCUGCGGGUGGGCGUAUCGAGGAAAUCUCCGUGGGAAUUCGGGUGCAUUACAGAGUCAACGGAAAUUUGAACCUUUCACGGUCAAUCGGCGACUUAGAAUACAAGAAGCAGCCUCUUGGGCCAGAACAGCAAAUAAUUUGUUCAACGCCAGACAUCGUGAAGAUCCCACGGGCUGAGGAUGACGCCUUCAUCAUCCUUGCAUGUGACGGGGUGUGGGACGUGAAGAGCAAUGAAGAAGUUUGCAGCUACAUCACCAAAGAACUCAACAGCAGCAAAGAUGGUGAGGACAUUACCGCGGCUGUGGAAGCUUUGCUGGACACUUGCAUCGCUGAAGAUCCGAAAAAGGCACGUAAAAUGGCCAGGCCAAUCUAG